UCGAAAAGCGCGGGCUCGGGGCUUGGCGGGUUCCAGUAGCUAAGAUGGCGGCGGUGGAGAUGCGUUUGCCGGUGGCUCGCAAGCGGCUGGCGCAGGGCCUGCCCCGGGGGGCCGGCGAGGGCGACAGGGACCUGGUGGCUCCGGGGGACACCAUCACCACCGACCCCGGAUACAUGAGGGGCCAUGGCACAUACAUGGACAACGAGAAACUCGUGGCAUCCGUGGCUGGCGUGGUGGAGAGGGUGAACAAACUGGUCUGUGUGAAAGCUUUGAAAACCCGGUAUAAUGGUGAAGUUGGCGAUAUUGUGGUUGGACGAAUCACUGAGGUACAGCAGAAACGAUGGAAAGUUGAAACUAAUUCCAGGCUGGAUUCCGUCCUGCUUCUUUCCUCUAUGAAUCUUCCUGGAGGGGAGCUGAGGCGAAGAUCGGCAGAGGAUGAGCUCGCCAUGAGAGACUACUUGCAAGAAGGAGACCUAAUCAGCGCAGAGGUCCAGGCAGUAUUCUCUGAUGGGGCAGUAUCACUGCAUACUCGUAGUUUGAAAUACGGAAAGCUUGGCCAGGGAGUGCUAGUCCAGGUUUCCCCAUCCCUUGUGAAACGGCAGAAGACUCACUUCCAUGACCUGCCAUGUGGGGCCUCUGUCAUCUUGGGCAACAACGGCUUCACCUGGAUCUACCCAACACCUGAACAGAAGGACGAAGAGGCUGGAGGCUUCAUCACCAAUCUGGAGCCAGUGCCUUUGCCUGACCGAGAAGUCAUCUCCCGCCUCCGAAACUGCAUCCUGGCUCUGGUCGCGCAAAAGCUGAUGCUCUACGACACCAGUAUCCUCUACUGCUACGAGGCAUCCCUGCCUCAUCAGAUCAAAGACCUUCUCAAGCCAGAGGUGAUGGAGGAGAUCGUGCUUCAGACUCGGCAAAGACUCCUGGAGCUAGAGGGAUGAUUGCGGAGGGGGAGGCAAGAAACGACACGGAGGAUUCCCCAAGACGACAUCGGCUCUCGUCUUUUUCUGCAGAAUCCAGCUUCUCUCAAAAAUCCAAUGGUGUGGAAAAUUAACUGAGAGUUCCUCUUGCUUUCAAAGAAUCUUCUUUCUGUCUGGUGUAGGAUUUCUUACACACUGGUUAAAAUCCCAUGCCAAAAAAGAAUGCAGAAAGAACCUUGAAAGCAAAAGGAACAGAACCCGAGAUAAGGCAGUCCUGCAACAAACGCCUUGGCAAGGUGUAUGCUUUCUGGGAAAUGUUUUAGGGCAAAAGAGUUUGUGCUGCUCUGCUACUGCAGAAUGGUGGGGUAGUGGUAGAAGGGCUCCCCAGUCUAAGUAGCAGCUGUUCUGGACCGUGAUGUGAGUGUCUUUGAGUCUCCUCUCCCUCCUUCCUUCUGUGUACGUCCUUGCAUUUCAGUUAUCAGUUCUCCGGAGCUUGUCUUACUGUGGGAACUGGCACAUGUGCAUAUACGUGCAUGCGAAGGCAGAUCAAGUUAGCAAUCACACACUUGCUGUAUAGUGCGACGCAGUGCGCUGCUGCCACAUCCGUCAGCUUUGGCAAACUGCAGGCAGAGUUAGAAACGGCAACAUUGCAUUGCCUGCAGAUUGUGCAGCCUCUAAUAAUGCUACUGGUCCAAGCAGUCGCAACCCCUCCUGGCCCAGAGCAGAAGCACUUUGCUUCUGGUUAGGAAUGGUUGGGACUGCUUCAGGAAGUGGCAGACAGCCCUGGCACCUGUUGCCUCUGGGCUGUGCGCUCUCCAGACAUGCCUGGAAUUUGCCAGUGGCGCAGUGCUGUGUGCAGUGCAGCCAAGAGAUGAGUCACACUGCAACUUGCUGAGCUCUUCGGCAUUGGCAGUCGUCAUUGAUAGCACCUUUUUUUGCAGCAUCCUAGUCAAAGGGCAGCUUCAAUUUUUUUUUUUGCAUAACAAGCAAUGUCAAGAUUUUUUUUUAAAGUGACUGCAAGACUGAACUUCAUGUAUGGGGUGUUCUACACGUGUAUUUUUGUAUUGGAGAUCUGUAAAAAAUCUUUCAAUAAAUUCUUUUUUUA